AUGAAAUUUGCUUUCUCUAUAUCUGUCUAUUUCUAUAAUUUUAUGUGCUCUAUAUUGUAAUGCGCUUUCAUCCUAUCAUGCUUUUUCUAUUCAGACAAUGUACGGGGUCUGUGGGUUCCCUUAUCAAGAGAGGUAAUGUGGGUUAUUUAACUUUUUUAAGCAUUUUCUUUGAUUUUACCUUAUUCGUAUUAAUUAUCUUUUGCUGUAGACGAACGUUAGACUUAGCUUUAUUAAGAGUCUUAUUGCUUUUAAGAGUUCAUCAAGACACUUAAUAUGCUGUUUGAAGAAAGUGUGGAGGAAAUUUUAUCUUCAAAGUAGCAUUUUAUUGGAUCUUAAACAGAAUCAAAAUAUUCAAUGCAUUUUGUGUACAUUUCUAUUAACAAUGUAAUGUCCUAUUAAAAAAAAUUUCCUUUCUAAAUUUUUUUUUCAGUCUCCAUUAACUUUAAAUAAAAUUCACGCGGAUGA